GCAUUUUCUUUAAGAGACAACAGGAGGGAUAUCAAUACGUUCAACAUUGAAACCACGCCUCCAUGUUGCAAAGUGACGCCACGGUUUUCCCGUGGGCUCGUAUCCGAGCACUAAAGUCAUCGUGUUGUGAGCCCAACAUCAUCAGUGUCUGCUCGUUGCUCUCCUGUCUUCCACUCACGCUUCCAGGUGACCAUGUUUAAGACGGUUGCAGUGUUGGUAAUUUUUGGAUGCGCUUUGGCUGCACCGACGCCUCGCGUUGACGACCAAAACUUAGUCCAAGCCAACAACUUUAAUCCCAGCAAUGCCAUCAAAGAAUUGGAAUCUUCUCUUGACAAUAUAGACGCGAUUUUCAAACAUUCCUUCCAAAAAAUUGGCGGAAGUCAUGAUCUGUUGAUUCCACCUAUCCGUCAAGGUCUAUACAAUCGCAUCAUGGGUGCCAACAAGAAAUUUGAUUUCGUAGACGAUAAAGAGGAACAGUUUCCUGUUGACAUUCAAUUCAACCCUACAAGUCGCCCCUUGCGCCAAGAUUCUCGUGAAGAAUAUCGGGGAGCCCAGGCACGUGAUCCACUGGUUGGCACAGAGGAGGCUGCAGCGCGUGCUAUUGACUCUCCACUUUUUUUCAACACCUUUGAUCACGCUCAUAUGGUCACUGGUUACGCCGAACGAAGACGGGAUCGCCCAAUGUUGUUACGUAGCAUUCGACCAGACUUUCCAUUCUCCGAUAUUUCACGAAGACAACGAGUUUAACAACAGAACGCCAGGUUGUGGUUCACGUUGAAGUUUUAGGAUGGUAACACCACACGAGACGACAGUGAUGUUUUCUUUUUUUUAAUUGGUUACAAUUUGAUAGAAUAUAUAAGUGAAAGAUGCAAUUGCAGCUUUUACAAAAAUGUGCAUAGGCUUACGUAAUUUUUGUUAUUCAAUUUGUGAGAAGGUAUCGAAUAACGUAUACCUUUAUGCCUAUCUGAAAUAUAUGUUUACUAAACGAAA